AUGGUCCAAUUUGGUGGAAUUGCCAGCAGCAGCAGUAUUCCACGACGAAGGAAACGACGAAAGGGCACAAUACGAAUUCCCAGACUCAAAGUGCAAAACAUCAUUAUUGCCUUGGUCGUACUCUUAAUCCUUCGAAGCUUUAUGAUACAGCAUGAUGGUCGUCAAGGGCGAGAAGAAGGCUUGCAAGAACUCAAAGAGGGCGGACUUUCACCCGAAGAAAUUAAAAACUUUUUUCCAGUUUCCAUGAAGGCGCUGAAAAAGGAGAAACUGGGUCAAUUAGUUCAUACCGACGAGGAAAAGAGGGCCGACGCGCUAAAAGAUGUAAGGUCAGAAGUCUUGAAGAAGAUGGACAGUGUCCAUUUGGCGAAACGUUUAGAGAAGGAAGCGGAACUCGACAAGGAGAAUCCUGAUUUUGUGCCAACCAGAAAACUGCGGGGAGGCAGCAAAUAG